GGAGUAGUCAUUGCUAAUCAGCUCCCUCAUCCACUCACACUCAUAAGGACAGCGACCCGUGAGUUGGACCAGGAUUAGAGUGCGGCUAAGAUGCAAGAACAAAACCGUGGAGCAUCCGUGGUCAAUGUCGGUCGCAUCAUCUUCACGAAUUUCGAAAAAAAUAUCCUCAGAGAGUUGGUAGACGAACAUCGGGAAAUAUUGGAGUGUAAGAAAAAUGAUUGGCGAUCCAUCAAAAUGAAGACAGAAACAUGGAACGCCAUAGCAGACGAAUUCAAUUCACAACCGGGUGUUAACCGGAAAGACUGCAAACAAUUAAAGAAAUGCUGGGAGAACAUGAAGGCAAGAGCCAAAAAAGCACUUAACAAAGACAUUAUAGAGAUUCCACGUUUUGUAGAGGAGCUUGAAAAUCAAGUAGGAAGCGCUGAUGCAGUUACUCUUGGGGUACCUACUGGUAGUGUUGGAAUUACCGGGGUUACCAUUACUGGUACCGCAACACCUGCAGGUUCUGGUGGUUCUAUCAAAGUAGAGCCAGUACAUAAUCGUUUGUAUGUUGAAGCUGACCAUCCUUAUGUCGUCGGAGGUGGGCACGGCCAUGCGGAGACAUCUGGUGGUGCGAGUAACGGAGGUGGUGGCACGACUCCUGGAGGGAGCAGCGCGAAUGGAAAUGGAAACCCCGCGGGUAACGUUACACCAAGCGGUGCUGGUGGGAAUGGCACCACGGCAACGGUGGUUGGAGUUGUUACUGGGGGAACAGGACAUAUAAACAAUAACAACAACCACACACACAUUCAUAACCACAGCCAAGCGCAUAUACAGAAUAACUUUACACAUCAGUCAGUCACAGUCUUAGAAUGUCCAGAUGAUGACGAUAGUCCACCACCAACCAUAACUGUUCCUGUGUCUGGAGGACCUGUGCCUACGGGGAUAUUUCCUAUUUCUAAUGGUGACAUGUGCAGUCCAAACAGCAUGUUAGCAGGAGGUGAUGCAACCACACAAGCAAUAAACAACCAAGUUGUACUUGUAAAAAUGCAACAGGAACAACAUGAAAUGCAAAUGUUAAUGAUGAAACGAAAAUUAGAUUAUGCAGCUGCUGAACACAAAGCCAAAAUGGACGUUUUCCAGAUUCAACGCCAAUACUGGGCUCUACAAUAAUUGACCAACAUGCAGCUGUGAUACCUAUUUGCAGACGUACUAUAGAGAGCCAGGCAGAACAGAGCAGUUAGAUCAUAGACACAACAUAGUACUGGUAAGCAAAACAUGAACUAUCAAUCCUAUGGCUAGGAUUAUGAUACUUCACUAACUUGGCUAAUUACAAACUUCUUUGAUAUUAAGUAAGUUGAAAGCGGUGAACUGGCUGAAUUUUUAGCAUGAUGAGUGAAAUGCUUAGCAGCAUUUUGUCUGUCUUUAUGUUCUGUGUUCAAAUUCUGCUGAGGUCCAUUUUACCUUUCAUUCUUUCGGGGUCAAUAAAAUAAGUACCAGUUGAACACUGGGGUCAAUGUAAUCGACUUAACCCUCCCUUAAAAUUGCUGGACUUGUGUCAAAAUUUUAAACCAACAUUAAGUAAGUUGUAUGGUAGCAAAAUCCUUAAGCUUUCAUAAUUAAUGUAAUAUUUGUUCCAGAAACAAAAAUAAAUAAAUAAAAUAAAACCCUAAAAACCUAAUGAAAUUAUAAUGUAAUCUAAAAUAUCCAUCAGAAAAAUUUAAGUUUGUUGAUCAUAAACAGCUGUUGAUCAAUUUCAUGUUAGAAGUUCAUCUUGUUUCAUUCAUUCUUUCAUUAAGCAAUGCUAAAUAUAUAUAUAGCAUUACGAACAGAAAUUCAUAUCAGUAUAUUUUGUUAUAUCAAUGCAAUUGCUGGAUAAAUACUUUGUUUUAUAUUUUAUCUUCUUUUUUUUGUGUAUGUGUGUGUUGUACUAUUUCUAACUCAUGAGAGUUGAAUAAUUUUAUUGCAUAAUUUUUAGAUAAAUUUAUUUUCCCUCAGGACUGUAUUUUUGAUGUGAGGUAUAUUUUUCUAUAUUUUUUAUUAUUAUUUUAUAUUUGUCAUCUGAUUAUUACAUGUUAAUAGUCUUAUUUUUUGUCGAUAAUAUUAUUGUUAAUUUUGUAUAAGAUGACGAUCUGGCAGAAUUGUUAGCAUGCUGGAUGAAAUGUUUAGUACCAUUUCUGGCAUUUGAUGUCCUGAGUUCAAAUCCUGCCAAAGCCAACUUAUACAACUAAAAGCCAACUUUCAUCCCUGCUGGGUCAAUAAAAUAACAUAACAAUCAAGUACUGAAGUUGAUGUAAUCAACUAACCCCCUCCCAAUAAAGUUGCUGGUUCUAUACCAAAACUAGAAAGAAUUAUUAUUAUUAUUGUCUUUGAAAUAAGUACCAGGUAUAUACUAGGGUCAAUGCUAACUAGCUAAGCUCUUUCCUGGCAGAUUUCUAGUGACAUUAUGCCACUUUAAGAAACCACUGUCACUAUUUUCACUACCUCCUACACAUUUACUCUUUCUUUCAGUUUGUUUAUAGAGCCUGGAAUCUUCUUUCAAAAGCUAUUUAAUAAUUCCUAUUUAAUUGUGUAUCCAUGUUUUAGUGGAACUUUAUAGAGUUAAGCAGCAAUUAAUGAAUGCAAUUGUAAUGAUACAAAGUGUAUCUAAAGGAAUACAUUUUAUUCCCUUAACUGAUUUUUAUCUAUGUCACAUCUCAGCCCCAUUCUGCAGCUUAGAGAUGCAACACAUUCCUCAACACAUGAGCUGUCCCAAGUAUUGCUGCCAUCUGAAUACCUCCUCAGAAGUUUGGUAUUUGCAGCUUUUGAUGCCAGGAUAUUGCUCUUUUCGAGAUGGUUCUAAGUGCAUUGAUCACAAUAGGUACCACACUCACUUUUGAAGCUCUGUGGAUUUUUUUUUUUUGUUUCCAAUCAUAAGUCUUGGUACUUCCCGACACCUUCAUCCUCUGUCUUAACAAUAUUCUGGUUUGCAGGAAAAGCAACCUUGAUGCAGGUCCAUUCUGUGGACUCUCAGCUGGAAAGUGAUAUCUGGUCAGUCAUGUUGCAGCCUUUUGUCUGUAUAUAUUGGCAUAUCCCAUGUGCGUCUCACCUGAUCAUUCUCUGCUACUGGCCAAAGUUGGUGUUCAUAUGGAUCAUUCUAGCCCAUACUUCUUGUACAACUCCCAUUGUAUCCGCACUGCUAUUUUGUCAUGAUAUUUUUUGUAUGCCUCUAGUUUUGAGCUUCCACUAGUUAUAUGUCUGUCUCAGACAAUUUUCCACAUAGCCUACAAAAAAGGUAAUGCUGCUGUCUUAUCAAUGCUACACUUGAUUGACUUUGUACAUAAAGCUUAUUCUUGAGUUUGUGCAUUUAAAGCUUGUUUUUGAGUAGCAAGAAUCAGCCCUGUUUCCUUCUGUAAAAAACUCUGUCUUAACCAUCUCCAGGACUCUUCAUUGGUUUCAUCCAAUGUUUGCUGGAAAAGCUCUCCGUGUUGGACUUUCUCUUUCCAGUUGACCAUCCGCUGCUGCUGUUGUUAUUGUUGCUGUUGAUGAUGAUGAUGAUGAUAGUGGUGUAAUAAAGUUGUGGUGGUGUUGAUAAUGAUGAAUUUGAAGAUAAUGAUGAAACUUAUCAUUCUAAGUGAAGACAAUUGCUAGUGAAUAUGGCUUUACUGAGGAGAUUUAACAAAAACAAAACAUAUUUGAUGUUUUUUACAUUUGACGACGAAGAUAAGGCUCUCUCUCUGCAUUGUCAUUUUUCAAAAAUUCGUAGGAGUUAUCUCCCCUGCUUUCUGUAUUUAGAUUUGAAUUUGCAAUAACAUUUCCAUUCACAAAACGAGUUUCUACUGUACAUAUGUACAUACAUGCUUGCAUACAAAUACAUACACACAUACAUACCACUUACAUACAUACAUACAUAUUUGCAUACUACUUAUAUACACACAUACACAUGCUGUCCAUCUCUGUCUAUCUUCCCCCCCUCUCUCUCUAUAUAUAGAUUAAAUAGAUAUUAGAUAUAUUAAUGUUUGUUUUCAUGUUCAGUUAUAAAGAAAACAAUUUUACAUUAAUCUGAUGGGUUACUCUAUACAUUUGUAGAGUGCAAAUUUAUUCUUCUUCUAUAAAAAUGUUGUUGACAAUGACUUCAAAGUUUCAACCAGUUAAGCCAUCAUUGGCAGUCUGACAAUAGCUUAAAUGGCUGAAACUGAGCAGUCACUGUCAACAACAUUCCUAGGCACGUAAAAAGCACCCAAUACACUCUCAGGGUGGUUGGCAUCCAGCUGUAGAAACCUUGCCAGAUCAGAUUGGAGCCUGGUGCAGCCUCCUGGCUUGUCAGUUCUCAUCAAACCAUCCAACCCAUGCCAGCAUGGAAAGCGGACGUUAAACGAUGAUGAUGAUGAUGAUAUAAUAUAAAUAUAUAUGUAUUUAUUUAUUUAUAGUUAAUUGAUAAAAAUAAUGAAUCUAAGAAAAGGUAUUUUGUUUUGUCUUGAUACAUCAGGAAUUAGUUGAAUAAGAGUCCACUCACCUUUUGUUACAACCAAUCCCUGAUUGACUCCAGAUGAAAUAAAAAUAAAAAACUUUUUGUUGCAUUCAUUAUAUUGACUCUUAGUUGUAAGUGCUUUCCUCUGAACAGUUAACCCUGAAUUUUAUACACACGGCCACACAUACACACACACACACACACAUAAACCACGGUUUAUAUAGUUACCUUGCAGUUGAGUAUUAAAUGUAAUGUUCAAUAUUCUUUGUAUAGGUAACUAACCAGUACUUUCAUAGGAUUUUGCUAUCCCUGAAUGAGGUUUGUAACCUUUAAUUGUGAUUCUAUAUAUAUAUAUAUAUAUAUAUAUACACGUAUACAUAUAUAUAUAUCCAAUAUUGGUAGAAUCAACGAAAAAGGUACUCCAUCCAGUGUCAGACAAAUAUCUAAUACAAAAUCAAAAGGGCCACUAAUAGUUUUAUGCUUUUGUGAUACUUUAAGUUGGCAUAUUUAUAAACUGAGCCAUGUAUCUCUAAGCAAUCUUUCAGGCUCUGUUUGUGCAUCCUUGUUUUUAAAAUACAUAUAAUGCUUAAACAGAGCCUGAAAGAUUGCUUGGAGAUACAUGGCUCAGUUUAUAAAUAUGCUUAGUUAAAAAUAUCAUAAAAGCAUGAAACUAUCAGUCGCUCAUUCAGUUGUGUAUUUGAGAAAAAUAUGUUUUGGUUAUAUCAAAUGGUAUAUUGGUUAUAUCAUUUUAUUGAUCCUUAAAUGGUGAGAAGUGAAGUCAGUUGUGGUGGCAUUUGAUUGUAGGACAUAAUGGGAUUGAACUAAACACAUCAAGGAAUUUUGUUUGAUGCUCUGCUGGUUCAAGCAGUAUCCAUUCAGUCACUAUGGCAGACUGAAAACAAGCAACAUCAUGUUUUUUUUUUUCUUCCCUCCCAAGGGGUAUACCAAACUGUAAUAAGUAAUAACAUUUAAACUCCUGUCUAUUAAGGAAUAACUAUCAAUCAACAAAUAUGAGGAUUAUUAAUUUACUCUGUUUCUUCCUUUUUGUUUUGUUUCCUCACUGCCUCCUCCCUCACCAUUCUCCUUCAUAAAUAGGAAUUUUUUUUUCUUUUGUUUUUCCAGUUUGCAAAAAUUUCAAAAGGUUGUAAAUUCUGACUAUGUCUUUUAACCCUAUAGCAUUCAGAUUAUUUGGUCAAACGUAAUGCUUAUUUAUUCAUAUUACUUUGAAUUAAUUGUAAAUUAUCUCAUGGUUUUGAGAUUUCAUUGAUAUGAUUAUUUAUUUUUAGAGUGACAGUGUAGAGUAGAUAAGAGAAGCUGGACCUGGCCAGUUUGAACAAAAAAAAAAACAAAUAAAAAAAAGAUAGAAUAUUUGGGCUGGAUAUGGCUGGUUUGAAUGCUAAAGGGUUAAACUCACCAAAACACUAGCACUUGUUAAUAAUCAGUUUUCUGAAAAUUUAGUCUUUUUGUUAUGUUUAUGUAUUUGUUUUGCAAGAUUCUUGAUGUGAAAUUGUAUGUUGAAAUAGAUAAUACUAUACUUGGGGAUGGUCAUAUUUUGUCAAUUAAACACAAAGGAACUAAGAUAAUAAACAAAAAAGCUGAAAUGAAGACCAAGAUAUAGUGUGAGUGUUUAAUUGGCAAAAUAAGACCAUUCCCAAGAAUAACAAUAUUAUUUGUUUUUGUUUUUCUGAUUAGGCUUAUAUUGUACAAUGUUUUGGUGAACUUACUUAAAUAUCUCAUUUUUUUUUUAAUGUAAAUAAUUGAAACAUUAAAAAAAAAGAUAAUGUAAAUAUUCUAAAUAUAGUCAAAAUUAACAUAACAUGAAAACAAAUAAUAACAUUGAUAUUCUACUUCUUAUUUUUUUAACUGAAAAUAUUAUAUAAGAGGAGAUGAAGCUGGUAAAGUUAACAAAGAUUCAAGCUACUCUUGAUCAAAAUUUGCUAUUCAUUUCUUGCUCCUCACAAUUCUCAGAAAUAUGUGGUACUAUGAUUUUUAUCAAUGUAGUAGGCACUAUAUGAUCAAAUGUUUGUUAGCUUUCAGUAUUGAGUUCAAUCCACUCACACUUUUUAUACUUGCAAAAGGGUAAGGCAACAUGCCCAAGAUACUGUAUUUUCCAGCAUACAAGUUGAUGUAGUAUAUAGUGUAAACUUGUUAUGUAAACAUUAAAACAUUGUCACUAUCUUUUUGAAUCCUGCUGCAUUUCACAUUUGGUCCUCCAAAGUCAUUGUGGUGUAUAAGUUGACCUGCCUUUUUUUUGCUGUAAAUUUUGGCCUGAAAAAUUUGACUUGUAUGCCAGAAAAUACAGUAAAGGUGGUGAGCUGGCAGAAUCAUUAGCACGCCGGGCGAAAUGCUUAGUGGUAUUUCGUCUGCCGUUACGUUCUGAGUUCAAAUUCCGCUGAGGUCGACUUUGCCUUUCAUCCUUUCGGGGUCGAUAAAUUAAGUACCAGUUAUGCACUGGGGUCGAUGUAAUCAACUUAAUCUCUUUAUCUGUCCUUGUUUGUCCCCUCUAUGUUUAGCCCCUUGUGGGCAAUAAGAAAAAAAGAAAAUACAGUAAACUACAAAGAUGAAACCUUUAAGUUCUACCCCAUCCUUGUGCUGAGUCACUAUCAAUGGAUAAUGGCCCUCACACAACAAAUGUAUUAUAGUAGAUUAACUGUGAAUGUAAGUUAAUAUCAUCAUGCAUCAUUGUAAUGGAUUUCAUUAUUUCUCCAUGGUUUUUAAGUUUGUGAGCUGAGAUGUUAGAAGUCUGUUCAUUAGAAUGAAGUCUUUCAAUUAACAUAAUCUUCAUUUCAAUACAAAUACAGAAAAAAAAAGUAAAAAAUUUGGUUCUUAAAUACAUGUAUAUUUUCUUUCCCAUUUUAAUUUUCAAACUUAAUGACACUCUUGUUUUAUUCUGGUCAAUUAUAUGUUUUAUUUAUUGACAUUCCUUGUCAAAGAAGAAAAAUAAAAAAAUAAAAAAAUUUUCAUAUGGAUGCUUAAUAAAUGGAUUUCCAAACUGCUGAUAAAUUUCCAUACUAAAUUUAUUUUUGAACUUAUGGAAGAGAAAAUUACAUGUGUAUGGAAAUUUGAUUCAUUGUACUUCAUUUUAGAAAAUAAAAAUAUUCUAAAAUAAA